CACUGCUUUUCGGCGGGCGGAAGCGGAAGUAUAUGAGUGUGCGCUCACUUCCGGUGAGUGGGCGCGCGGGUUGAUUCGUUCUGCCCGGCUGACUCGUCUGCCACCUCUUCGGAAAUGGCGGGACUUACUGCUAUGGAGAAGAAGCUGGCUGAAUACAAGUGUAAUACAAAUGAAGCAAUUCAGCUGAAACUAGUUCGCUUUCCUGAGGAUUUGGAGGAUGACAACACAACAUUUAAUCCAGAGUAUAGCCAUCAAGUGUUCGGAGACGAUGAAGUUGCUUUUGGAUACAAGGGACUGAAGAUCCUCUUGUACUAUAUUGCUGGUAACCUGUCAACGCUCUUCCGCAUCGAAUAUACAUCUAAAGUUAAUGAAAAGUUUGACUGUGUGGAGGCAGAUGAUGUUGAAAGUAAAAUUAGAGAAAUCAUUCCUCCUGGCUUUUGCACAAACACAGAUGACUUUGUGUCUCUUCUGGAGAAGGAGGUCAACUUCAAGCCCUUUGGAAUGCUGCUACACACAUAUUCUGUCCAUAAUGAGGAAGCUGGUGAAGAUAUAACAUAUCAGAUAUACAAGGCCGACAUGACAUGUACAGGCUUUCGAGAAUAUCAUGAAAGGCUUCAGACGUUCUUGAUGUGGUUUAUUGAAACUGCUAGCUUUAUUGAUGUAGAUGAUGAAAGAUGGAACUACUUUCUAGUAUUUGAGAAGUAUAAUAAGGAUGGAGCUACGCUCUUUGCGACCGUAGGCUACAUGACAGUCUAUAAUUACUAUGUGUACCCAGACAAAACCCGGCCACGUGUAAGCCAGAUGCUGAUCUUGCCACCAUUCCAAGGAGAAGGCCAUGGUGCUCAGCUGCUUGAAACAGUUCAUAGAUACUAUAUGUCUUCUCCUACAGUACUUGAUAUAACAGCUGAAGAUCCAUCUGAAAACUAUGUGAAGCUAAGAGACUUUGUCCUUGUAAAGCUCUGUCAAGAUUUGCUUUGUUUUUCCCCAGGAAAGUUAAUGCAAGGUUUCACCCAAGAAAUGGUGAUGGAAGCUCAACAAAAACUGAAAAUAAAUAAGCAACACACAAGACGAGUUUAUGAAAUUCUCCGAUUGCGUGCAACAGAUAUGGGUGAUGCAGAACAGUCCAGAAGCUAUCGAUUGGACGUUAAAAGAAGACUGAUUGGCCCUUAUAAGAUGCAGAGAACGUUCACGUACAGCAGUGCUGAAGAUCCUGUGCUUGGCUCCUGACUGUUUUGUGCCCAGUUCCAGCAGGAAGUUACUACUAAGGCUUUUUAUCUUGCUACAAGUGGCAUUGUGCCCAGGUAGGCUUAAGGGGAAGAAAAUGUCAAUUUCUUGAAAAGGCUAAAAAUAUGUUAAUAGACAAGCCAAAAAUCUGAAGAGGUAAAUGCUAUUACAAGUUUACACUGCAGACUAGGCAUAGUUCAGAUUCCUGUUCUACUUGUUAGCUAGGUCUUAGCAAAACAGCUUGCUAGAAGUAAUCAAGCCAUGUCAACAUAGAAUUCCGUGCAGAUGGAAUAGAAAAUAAUUUCAGCAGUAAAGUUCAAGGAAGUAAUAAACUUAUUACGAAGUAAUUUUCUUAGUUCCUAUAAAGUAUGUCUCUCAGGAUCUUCAGUACUGUUGGUCAGUAUUGCAUAACCUGACUCUGAGAUACAGCUUAAAAAAAAAUACAUAUCCUAGUCGCUAAUGGCAUCAGUCUUUGUAUUAAGAGUCAAAAGACCACAAAUAAAUCUAGGUUUAUUGCUAUAAUUAGCAUGUUAGUCACUCUGUUCAGUACUUGCUAAGCAAACCAAAAUCCUGUUGGAAAAGUUUUACAAAGUAUGAGAAAUACCUUGAUUAGCUUGCAAGCCUUCCUAAAGCAGCACUUACCCUGCUAUACCAAAAUAGCAAAACUUUGAUUGUGCUCAUGCAGGACUUAGCGGGGCUGUUAACAGAAAUGAGAACCCAACACUGUAUUAAAUACUUGCCUGAUCUGGAGAUAACACUAUGUCAUGCUGAGUGGCAGGGCCUGAAUCAAAACGCUUUCUGUUCUCUUUCAUGAGUGUCUUGUCUCAUUUGCUAAAUUUGCUACAAAUAUGGCCAUGAUUUUUCAGCUAACCAGACUGUUACAAUGGUUGCAACUCAUUCACUCAGCACUGAAGUCCUAGGGGGGAAAUCCAGAAUUGCAUAGGCAACUUCAAUUCUUGUGCUUCUAACAGAUGUUUCCACUUCAGUCUUUGCAUGCAGUAAAUACAUUAGUAAUUAAUGGAUUUUGUAUUGCUAGAUAUGCGAUGCUGCAGCCAACACCCUUUCCCUGAUUUUGUUUCAUGUUCUGAAAUACAGCUGUCUUGUUUAUGAUAGUUCUACCUAGAAAACAGCUUACUCGUGGACUCCUCCUAAACGAUAUUUCCAAUAAAUGUUAUUCAUGGUGCUGUUUUCAAAAUUUUUUCAGAACUGGAAUUAAAUGAAGUUUUAGUAAGUAUAUAGUAAUUGGGGAGGGGGGAGAAGCAAAUUUUAUUAAAGAAUCAGGAAUAUUAUUGCACGCUCUUAAUGCUGGUAUCAUUUUUUAUAUAAAACACUUGAUAGUUUCAUUUGAACAGUGCUGCACAAAUGUAGAAUAAUUCCAAAUUGCCACUACCUUAACUUAGUAAAAAUGGUAUUACAGCUAUUUCCUUGACUAACAAUAGCAGAAAUAAAACUGUCUGCAGAAACUCCAGAUGCAAAACCCUGUAGUACAUCUAUUACCCUUCAAGUCUUCACAUUAGCAAGGAGGCUGUUGCUAAAAAUAUUGAGAUUUUUAUGUAUAUGGCACCACUAGAUUGGAAUAACUGAUACAGAAAGUAAAAGUUUUAGUAUCUUUGUGAACAGGGCAUCACUCUAAGGUAGCUCAAAGGGUGAGCAGCUUGUGAAAUUCCAGGUUCACUGUGGCUUCUCCAUUUUUGAAGAACCCUGGUUUUUAUGCUCAUUAGUAGACUCUGCUGGUAGACAUGUCUUCUUGAUAGUAUGUCUUUGUUCUUCAUGUCAUCCCUUCUGCAAGUAAACACCACUGCUGUGCAGCUUUUCUUAGUCAUAGUACUUCUUUUGGGUUUGCUACUUCAACAGAGUAUAAUUUUCUGCCAAGUCCAAUAACUUGCUCCCAAAUAAUCCUCUUGAAACUGCUUGGGUAAAAUGUCACUGACUGUGGGUUUCAGAAUCUUGUGUACCUGCAUAUGCUGGUACUGUAUUUGGGAGGAAAUGGAUAUUGGAACAACUGGCUAUCUGAAUGGUGUGGAGGGAAUUUGCUUUUUACCCAGAAUCAGGAACUUAGAGAUGGCCUAAUGCUACAGUAUCAGAUGUAAUUGACAUUUAAAAGCUGACACCUUUUUUUUCAGUGCUUAUAUAUAAUCUUAACAGAUAUUCCUGUUAAUCAGACUUAAAAUUAAUUCUAGAAUAAGGAGGUUUUAGUUUUUCUAUGGACAGAAGCUUGCACAGAAGGUACUCAUCUCUAUUUUCAUUUGGGAAACUCAUCACACGUUUUGAGUAUUGUACUCAUUUUGACUAGCUAGAGCUAACGUGAAUCUAAAAUUUAAACAGCUAUGCUACUUUUGACAUCCUUCCUACAAUUAAAUCUUUCUUGAUUAUUGGCUAGAAAUGUGCCUGGAGGCCUCAUAAGGACUCUGAUGCAGAAACUCCUUUUCUGAACUGAACUUUGGCUAUGGGAUCUGUGGGAGACUAAAGAAGUUUUUCUGAUCUCACUCAUUUACAGUUUACUCUGAUCUCCACUUCUUUCUCCUGACCCUCAGCAUCAAUGACAGAAAGAAAACUGAUUUUCCUUUGAGAUAAGUGUAAAAUUAAAUGGAGUACAGAAGGGGUUUGAUUUUAGAAUAGUUUGGGGAAAAAUUUGUUGUUUCAACAAACUCUUAUGAUUCCACAGGCAUUGCAAAGAUUUAUUGAUAAGAUGCCAGGCACACAUAAUGCAUUUUUUUUAAAUGAAAUGUUGAAUGACAUUUCGUUUUUUACAAAGCGAGGGAAGACUGGAGAAUGGAAGGUAACCAAGGAACUGAGAAAUUCAGAAAUAGAUACCAGCUAUAUAAAAGUACAUCCAGAGAAAGGAAGUACAGAAGUAUUUUGAG